GGGGUCGCUGCGACAACGCGCUUGCACCUUUCUUCAUUUUAAUCUCAGUACGCCAACAAAAAUCUCAUUGAAAAACAAAUAAAUAUUAUUGACAUACUAAUUAUACAAUAUAAACACGUCGAACAGUGAGUUUCGCGUUAAAUUUUUAUUAUUUAAAGUCGUUAAAACUGGUUGGAGCUAUAGGAAGUCCGUUACAGUUACUUAUAUAAAAGUUUUCUUUUGCUACAAAACGGUAUACGCAGUUUUGUUUGUGAGUUUUAUAACUAAAUAGUUUUUAUUGUUGUUUUUGGUGUGAUAUCGAGACGUUUUGUCUGUGAAAUCAACGACUACUGAUUCAGGAUGUCUACCCUGCUGUUCUGGCAGGGCAAGGGCAAGGCGAAUGGAGCUCCGAAUGGCAGGAACUGGAUACACGCACCUGAUGCUCUCGUCAAGGGCCACGUCGCGUAUCUUGUUAAGUUCCUCGGCUGUACGCAAGUCGACCAGCCCAAGGGUAUCGAGGUGGUGAAGGAUGCUAUCAAGAAACUCCAGUUCACACAGCAGCUGAAGAAGUCGGAGGCGAAAGAUGGUGCUAAGUGCAAGAAGGUCGAGAUCACCAUCUCGGUUGAUGGUGUUGCCAUUCAGGAGCCGCGUUCGAACAACAUCAUGUACCAAUUCCCUCUACAUCGGAUAUCUUACUGCGCCGACGACAAAGGGGCGAAGAAAUACUUCUCAUUUAUUGCGAAAGGGGGCAGCACAGUCAAUGGAAUGAACGGGCAUGAUGGCGCCGUGGAAAAACAUGAGUGUUUCGUAUUUAUUUCAACGAAAUUAGCUUCAGAAAUCACGUUAACCAUCGGCCAGGCGUUUGAUUUGGCCUACAGACGGUUCUUGAACGACAACGGCAAAUACAUCGAGAUGCAGAAGAUGCAGCUGCAGAACAAGAAACUCGAGUUACAAAUGAACGCGUACAAAAGUCGUUUACAGGAGUUAUCAAAGAUAACGUACAAAGAUGACCUGUCGUCAUACUUGGCUCGCAACAAGUUGUCAGACAUCACGGAGUUCAAGCCGCCCCCAGAGCUGGAGAAGCAGAUCAGCUCGCUUACCAUGGCCAAUGGAUUCGCCAACAGCAACGGCAAUAGUAAUAGUAACACUGAGACAGCAGGCACGGACGCGUUGUCGAACAACUCGACGGACACGUUCAACUCAAACAGCGACAACAACCUGUUGCUGUCCACGCCGCCGCCACAACAUAAUGGAAAACACAGCUUUGGCACUGGCAAACUCCUGGGUGAUUUGUCGACCAACAAGAACCCUUCUGUGGGCACCAAGCUUGAAGGUCUGCUACUCAAUUCAGAUUCAGACAGUGACUUCGACCCGCGCGCGUUCGAGUCGGAACCAGUGUCCCGUUUCACGGCGCCAUCGCAUGAGAACACACUCACAUCAACUCCUCCGCUUUUGGCCCCCCCACCAAAAGCCUCAAGGCGUCACACGCCUCAGCAGCAACAACAACAGCCACAACAGCAACAGCAACCAACGCCAGCAAUCAACGGCAGCGACCUCUUCGGAUCCACGCCUUUCUCGAUCCCAAACCAGCAACCAGCGCCUCUAGCUCAACCCUUCGCAGCUUCAAACAAACCGAACUACGAUAUCGCAGAUUUUAACCUACAAACGUCAGUUUUCAACACAACUUCGUUCACGAACGGACUCAGCGGCUUCGAUCCUUUUGAUACGCAGAAAUCUGCGAAUAUUUUUGGCAAUGGAUUCAAUUCUACUUUCAAUGGCUUUGGGAACCUUAGCGAGAAAGCUACAGUUGAAUUGGACAGCAAUUUUAACGGAUUCCUAGAUAAAACUAUAUCAGAAAUGAAGGACGGAUUCAGCCGAGGGAUCUCCUUUGGAAACGAUGAUUUUUCAAUAGACAACCUCGAUCCCCUGAAGAAAAAUUAAAAUACAACGUUUUUCGUAAAUUUAAUAAUCGAUUAGUUAAAAAUUUAGGUAAAUGAAAACUAUUGUUUUAGCUCAUACAGCCUAAUAUAGACAAAAUGCAAUGAAAUUAUUGAUUUUUUGAAAAUAUUAUCUGUAUUUCAGGAAUUAUUAUUAUAUUAUUAAAAUGUAAUUUUAAGUGCUGAAUGAACUGAAAUGACGUUUUUUGUACACAUGUGUUGCCAUGUUAUUGGUUACAAAACAUAUUUGAUGCAUUCGUGAUAAUAGAGAUUAGAUAAUAUGUAAAAGUUCUGUCGUCAUUCAUUUUCCUAUCUAAAAACUUUAAUAAAAUUCUAACCAGUAAUAUGACAAAACAUCUUAACUCGAAUUGAAAAAAAAAACUGAAAUUUAUUCCGUGAAAACUUUUUUUUAGAUUUUACGCGCGAAAUCGCUCAAUGUCAUUCAAAACGUGCCUUUUUAUAAAAAUAUACAAUUUAUUGAUUUAUAUUAUUCAUAAUGAAAAUUAUAAACAUUUCUCCGGUAAAUUUUUUAGGACUAAAAAUGUAUUUUGGUAGAGAUUAAAUGACUAAAUAAAUAAAAUAUUAAUGAAUAAGUAGGACCAAAUUUUAUACAAAGCGAUUAUUGAGAUUUGAAGAUUGCCUCAUUAUAUUCUGUGAUAAUUUCUUUUCAAGUUGAGGUACUUCAAAUUAUUUUACAAGAAUAAUGUCCAAAAAGCGAAUGAAUCGAAAAUUAUUAGAAUUUCUAACAGGGUGUGUAAAUAACUAACAUACGAUUAAAUUAAUAUUAAGUUGAAACUGGUAUCUUUAUUUACGAUUGCUUACAAAAAAACUGUCGUAUCUAAAGAGGGAUAAAAAAUAAUAAUAGUUUUUUCUGCACAAAAAUCCGAAUGUAAAAUAUUACUCAACCACAGUAAUAAUUUUUCACUAAAAA